AUGUCCCAAGACUCGACAGGCCAAAAAGGUACAGAACUCUCUGUCGAUGCUCACGUGAAGUAUGUCCAGAGCCUGGAUACAAGAAAGGAUGAGCUCGACUACUGGCUUACCGAGCAUCUGCGACUCAAUGGCUUGUAUUGGGGAUUAAACGCACUCUUCCUCCUGGGACGGCCAGAGGCUCUCCCUCGACAGGAUGUCAUCGAUUUCACUCUCUCCUGCCAGCAUGAAAAUGGCGGGUUCGGUGCAGCACCUGGCCAUGAUGCUCACAUGCUGUCCACAGUAAGUGCUGUGCAGAUUCUCGCCAUGACGGAUGCUCUCGACCAGCUGGAAACAAAAGGCAAAGGCAAGAACCAGGUUGGCAAGUUCAUCGCGGGACUGCAGAAUCAAGAGAACGGCACAUUUGCCGGGGAUGAAUGGGGCGAGGAGGAUACCCGGUUCUUGUACGGUGCAUUCAAUGCCCUGUCCUUACUCGGUCUUAUGUCCCUUAUCAACGUCGACAAGGCUGUUACACACAUUAUCGCUUGUGCCAACUUUGACGGUGGCUAUGGAACAGGGCCUGGUGCGGAGUCGCAUUCGGGUCAGAUCUUUACUUGCGUUGCCGCCCUCGCAAUAGUUGGCCGGCUUGAUCUCGUGGACAAAGAGAAGCUCGGCAGAUGGUUGAGCGAGAGACAAGUUCCCUGUGGUGGCCUUAACGGUCGACCCGAAAAAGACGAGGAUGUAUGCUACAGCUGGUGGGUAUUGAGCAGUCUCGCCAUGAUUGAGCGCACGCAUUGGAUCGACCGCGAUGCACUUAUCGCUUUCAUUCUCAAAUGUCAAGAUACCGAAACUGGUGGUAUCUCUGAUCGACCUGGUAAUAUGGUCGAUGUUUGGCAUACCCAGUUCGGCUUAUGUGGUCUUAGUCUUCUGGGCUAUCCAGGUCUCGAGGCAGUCGAUCCAGUAUAUUGCAUGCCCAAGGCGAUAACAAAGACACUUCUCGGCUGA